CUCUGAACUGCAAGUGACCAAAGACAUUCUGCAAGAUGGUUUGCAAAGCCCGACGGCGAAGAACUGGACAAUCCGACUCAUCAAAGUCAGUUUCUAGAGGAAGAAGAAUCCAUAAAAAGGCUUCAACAUCACCACUUGGUUCAUCUCCUUUUCCUUCCAGAUCAUCACACCCAUACAAGAUCAUCAAUCAUCAAGACUUCUAGUCUCAUACAACUAUCAACUCAAGUCACUUUGAACCUUUUCGGUACCAACAACCCGCCAACAUGCCUAUCACCAAGUACAAGGCCGCCGCCGUCACCUCCGAGCCCGGUUGGUUCGACCUUGAGGGUGGUGUUCAGAAGACCAUCAACUUCAUCAACGAGGCCGGCCAGGCUGGCUGCAAGCUUGUUGCCUUCCCCGAAGUUUGGAUCCCCGGUUACCCCUACUGGAUGUGGAAGGUCACCUACCUCCAGUCCCUCCCCAUGCUCAAGAAGUACCGCGAGAACUCCCUCCGCGUCGACUCUGAGGAGAUGCGCCGCAUCCGCCGCGCCGCCCGCGACAACCAGGUCUUCGUCUCCAUGGGCUUCGCCGAGCUCGACCACGCCACUCUCUACCUCGCCCAGGUCUUCAUCGACCCCACCGGCGCCAUCAUCAACCACCGCCGCAAGAUCAAGCCCACUCACGUUGAGAAGCUCGUCUACGGUGACGGCUCCGGUGACACCUUCAUGUCCGUUACCGAGACCGAGAUCGGCCGCGUCGGCCAGCUCAACUGCUGGGAGAACAUGAACCCCUUCCUCAAGUCCCUCAACGUCUCUCAGGGCGAGCAGGUCCACGUUGCCGGGUGGCCCAUCUACCCCGGCGUCCAGCGCCAGGUUUCCCCCGACCCGGCCACUAACUACGCCGACACCGCCUCCGAGCUCGUCACCCCCGCCUACGCCAUCGAGACCGGCACCUGGGUCCUCGCUCCCUUCCAGCGCCUCUCCGUCGAGGGUCUCAAGAAGAACACCCCCGAGGGCGUCGAGCCCGAGACCGACCCGUCCGACUACAACGGCCACGCCCGCAUCUACAAGCCUGACGGCAGCCUGGCUGUCCCCAAGCCCGACAAGGACUUCGACGGUCUCAUGUUCGUCGACAUCGACCUCAACGAGACCCACCUCACCAAGGUCCUCGCUGACUUCGCCGGCCACUACAUGCGCCCCGACCUCAUCCGUCUCCUGGUCGACACCCGCCGCAAGGAACUCGUCACCGAGGCUGACCCCCAGGGCGGCAUCGCUUCCUACAGCACCGCACACCGCCUCGGCCUGGACCGCCCUCUGGACUCCAAGCCUGAACUCCACGAGCGCGACGAGCAGGAGACUGCCAAGCGCAUCUCCAAGGAUCCUGCCGCCAAGGCUGUCAAGAAGCUCUAAAUGCUUCAGCUGGCUUUUGGCAGCAACCCGGAUCACCGAACAUUAGGUAGUAUCCGCCUGUAAUAUUCUCCUUUGUACUUUAGACGACGAUUAGACUGUACAUAGAAAAUCUCAUCUCGGGUCUUUUGGCCUCUUUGAAACGAAAGUCUACAACUGAUGACUACCUUAUUGUGCAUGUUUCUGAAAGCGUGCCAAGCUUUGCGUGUGUUCCGAUGAAAAGCUACUAUUGAUUCGCUCAACCUCGCCUCUUUUCACAUCUUCAGAACUCGCACUCUCCCCGUUGAGGCGAGCAAGUUUUCCGGCCCCACGUCGCGACUUCGAGAUG